AUGGCGCCUACCACACGUAGGGGCAAUGCCAUCGCCAUCGUGGCGACGAUCCUCCUCCUCACGGUGGCCAUGGCGUCGGCGGCGGCCGAGGUGUCGUGCGGUGACGCGGUGAGCGCGCUGAUCCCGUGUGGGUCGUUCCUGGUGGGCGCGGACGCCGGCGCGGCGGGGCCGAGCGAGAGCUGCUGCCGCGGCGCGCAGGCGCUGCGGAGGAUGGCGGGCACGGCCGGGGCGCGCCGCGCGCUCUGCAGGUGCCUGGAGGAGUCCGGCCCGUCGUUCGGCGUGCUCCCGGACCGCGCGCGGCAGCUUCCGGCGCGCUGCAAGCUCGGCGUCUCCAUCCCCGUCAGCCCCCACACCGACUGCGGCAAGUAA